AUGGGACACGACAUCGUACUUUAUGUAACAGAUUCACAGUUCUAUAUCAAUGGACACGACAUCGUACUUUAUGUAACAGAUUCACAGUUCUAUAUCAAUGGACACGACAUCGUACUUUAUGUAACAGAUUCACAGUUCUAUAUCAAUGGACACGACAUCGUACUUUAUGUAACAGAUUCACAGUUCUAUAUCAAUGGACACGACAUCGUACUUUAUGUAACAGAUUCACAGUUCUAUAUCAAUGGACACGACAUCGUACUUUAUGUAACAGAUUCACAGUUCUAUAUCAAUGGACACGACAUCGUACUUUAUGUAACAGAUUCACAGUUCUAUAUCAAUGGACACGACAUCGUACUUUAUGUAACAGAUUCACAGUUCUAUAUCAAUGGACACGACAUCGUACUUUAUGUAACAGAUUCACAGUUCUAUAUCAAUGGACACGACAUCGUACUUUAUGUAACAGAUUCACAGUUCUAUAUCAAUGGGACACGACAUCGUACUUUAUGUAACAGAUUCACAGUUCUAUAUCAAUGGACACGACAUCGUACUUUAUGUAACAGAUUCACAGUUCUAUAUCAAUGGACACGACAUCGUACUUUAUGUAACAGAUUCACAGUUCUAUAUCAAUGGGACACGACAUCGUACUUUAUGUAA